GCUGGAGAGGGCCAGUGGAGGUAGGGCAGCACUGCUCCUCCAGCCUCUUCCUUUGGGUCUGGCACAUCCCACUCCAAAGCAGAAGGGAGCUCCCAGGAUGCCCACGGUUAAAAGGAAUGACAGAUGUCAGAGGGAUCCAAAAAAACUUGCAAAGUUUUGUUAGCAAAUUCCAUGCUCAGCAUGGGAAUUGGUAUUUUUCCCCUUACCUUCUAAUAGAGGAAAAGAAAAAAGGGAAGAGGGAGAGGGAGAUCAGGGAGGAGAGGGAAGGAGAUCACCAGUCCUGGCUCCAGCAUCCAUCUGCCUGACACCAUGUCCAGGAUCCUGGGGGUGCCCCCAAACCCUGUGUCAUCCUUUUUUAUAGCCAAGUUUUCCCCACCCUGGGGCUUGUUUUCCCACUUCUCAUGGAAAUGAGUGAGCCUGCACAGUCCAUUUCCCUGGAUCCUCUUGGAAAUAGGUCUUGAAGGCUUUGAGGGUCUUGAUCCCACCCAAACUGAUCCACCUUUGGUUGACACUCUGUGCCUGCUCCUUGACCCCACUCCUGUGCCUGCACUGUUCCAUGUUAUCUCCAGGAGCCAGAAUAAGGGUGUUUGUCCCAGAGAAGUGCUGCCCCACCUCUGUGUGUCCCCCUUUUCCAGGCACAUCCCAUCCCUCCGUGCACGGAGUGUUCUCACACCCCAGUCCUUGGCUGGCUUGGGACUGUCGGUGUUUGAGACACACACACUGGCCCCUUAUCUCCUGGCCUUCCACAGAAUCCAAGCUGAUAAACUUAGGCCUGAAAAAUGACCAGCUUGGGACUCUCACUUGCUGCAGCAGAGCGCAGGGAAAGAGAAUUGUUGGAGAAUUCAGACAGGAAAAAGCGCAGUAGAGAGAAAGGAGAGCUGAGAGAAGAAACAGAAGGGAGGAAAACAUGAUUUGUACUGUCUGUGAAAACUGAGCAGCUGCAGAAAUGGUCACAGGGAAAGGAGAAAAAAAAACCCCAAAGUUGGAAAAAAAAGUUAGAGAUGAUGCUGAAGAAAUGUCAGAGAGGCCAAAAAUAUCAGAGGGUCCCCCUCUGCAGCCACACCCUGUUCCAGUUUGUCCCUCCUGAGCCGUGUUUGGGGCACAGCAGCACGUUAACUCCCUGGUGCCUGUGCUGCUGCACCCCAGUCACUGCCCAGCAGUUCUGGGACCUGCAGCUCCAAGUGGGGCCAAAUCAUCUGGAACUGCAGAAAUUCCCUUCCUGCCACAGCAGGAAUUUGCUAUUGUGCUACAUGGAUGGUUCUUGAAUCAGGGAGUGCAGGUGCUGCUGGAGUCAGUGCAUUGGAGCCUCUGGAAUUCUUUUAGGUUUAAGGUUGGCUGAUUCCUGCUUCUGGCCCAUAAAUUAACCUGAGCAGUUUGGCACCUGGAGCGUUUGCUCCAGGGAUUUUAACCCUUUGCCCUCCAGGUCCUACACCAGCAUCCCACUGUUAAUAUUGGAUGUUGUGCUUCCAUGUCUAUUAGAAAUUUUGUUAAUUGUUGACGAGAACCAGCUGGAAUUUGAAUGCCCAAGCCAUGGAUACGACUCCACUUGCUGGAUUUCAGUCUCUCCUGGCUUGUGGCUGUUAAGGAAACUUCCCUGUCUCAUCAUCCAGGAGCCACUCUGGAAGUCACAUUCCCACCACCUGAGCUGGGACAAGCUCCAGGGACAAGAUCCAUGGAUCCUGCUUGACUCCACACCCCUCUCACAGAGUCCAAGCCGGUUUUCCAUAGUGGAGUGGAUCUGGGACACCUGGAUCCUUAAAAUAAUUCCUUAAAAUCACUUAAUCAUGAUGCAACAACAGAGUAACAGCUGGAGCUGGUGCCUCCGGGGAGGGACCCCAAACAAAGGACCCCCCACCCCAGGCUUUUAUCCCCUCACAGUCUAAGAUGACAAUCUGGGAUGCUCAGCUCCUGCUGUGUCCCAGAAUGUCCCUCAUUGUGCCCUUUGUUAUGGAAAGGCCGGCAGUUCCCGGGCUCUUGAUUGCUCUCGGCAGUGCUCAGGAUGCUCUUGCAAAUCAACCGCCAGGAUCGGAUCGAAUGGGGUCGGUUUUCCUGUUCUCCACCCCGAGCUCCGGGAGAUUCUGGGAGAAUCAUCAUCUUUCCCCGGUUUUCGGGAUCACCGAGUUCCCACCCCGUUCUUCAGGGAACACGGUUAGUUCUCUAAUCUGUGCAGCUGUAGCAGCCUGGGCUCCAAGGAGUUAAGGCGCUGCCGAGUCCCAAACGCUGAUAAGGAGCGGGAUAGAACAGGAUGUGGCUGGGAAGGGGGGCACGGGAGAUAGGGCAGCGCCGUUCCCGAGGCCAACCUCCUCCUCCGGGCCCAGAGACACAGCAAGCCCCGCACAAGGGCGGCGCAGGAGCCAUCGGGGAGCUCGGCACAGGGGGAUCAGGACCACCGAAGCCCCUCCGACCCUUUUCCAGAAAGGUCCGGGAGGAGGGGUCGCGCACACUGCCUGAUUUGCAUGGGAAGUGGGGAAACCUGAUCCUGGGGCGGGGAAAACUUACCCGUAAAAAGGUGCCCCCGCAGCGCCCAGGUGGCACCGCCGGGACCAUGGACACCUGGGACGCAGGGAUCGACGGUGGAACCGGGACUGAUUGUUGAGUUGGAGCAGCUGGGACAGCCUUGGCUCCUCUCCGUGGGGAGCUCCGUGUCCCUGGAAAUUCAGCGCCUGGGUCACCUCAGCUCUUCCUCUGUGCCACACCCGUGGUUCUCUCAGACGAAUUUAGGCCUGUUUAAUCCUGAGGUUGAUCAGGAACUCUCCAGACCCCCCUCCUGGUGUGGCUUUCUCGGGCUCUGCUCCCCUGGCGAUGGUUUAUUGCGCGGCCCUGAACUGCCGGAACGCCACGAGCGGCGCCCGCAAGAACAGCUCCGUGACUUUCCAUGGAUUCCCUCUGCAAAACGAGGCCCUCCUGCAGCAGUGGAUCCGGAACAUGGGCAGGGACAUGGGGACCCCCUCCAAGUACGAGCGCCUGUGCUCGGCUCACUUCGAGGAGAGCUCCUACGAGAGGGAUCCCCUGAAAACCCGCAGCAGGCGGCGGCUGCUGAAGGAGGCUGUUCCCAACAAAUUCAUCCUGGGGCAAGAUGGGAACUGGCUCGUGGGGACACCCCAGGGCUCCUGUGAUGGGACGAGGAAUAAAACUCGGAAGCGAAUCCGGAAUCCCGAGCACCAGAGGGUCCCUGGGAAGUGUCCCAAUGAUGCUAAGAGGCCAACUUUGGAGGAUUGGCAGAAUGAAUUUUGCAAGACAAUCCUAAAGGAGAAUUACGGAUCUUUAACCAUGUUCAGAAAAGAUUAUCCUGUUCCCAAAAGCAAGAUCCCGGUGGGAGAAGCGGUGCAGGUCAAGGCUCAGCAGGGUUUGGAGGGAAGGAAGAUUCCUGCCAGCCUUAGCACAGGCCGUGGUGGUGCCAUGAUCAGAUCCCAGCAGCAGAGUGCAGAAAACACCCAAGUUCAUGGAUCAUCCUCGGGAGGAUCCCAAAACCAGCGCUGGAACGUUUCGGACAAGGGGGAAACAUCAGAGAGCCCCCAGAGUUCAACAAACCAGGCAGAGCCCCCGGGAGACAGGAGAGGCAGCAGCUUCCCUGCAGGAGGACAACCUGGCAAAUUCAAACAGUUCCUUUCUCAGCAGCAGAGCCGCCCCAAGGCGUCCGAGGUGCCGUGGUUCAUCUGCGCCGAGUGCGGGAGGAGCUUUGCCCGGCACGCGUACCUGCUCCGGCACCGCAGGGUCCACGCGGGGGCCGGGCCACACACCUGCCUGGAGUGUGGCAAGAGCUUCCUGGAAAAACCCAGGCUCACCAGCCACUGGAGAACACAUUUUCACAUCGUCUACGUGCCAAAUGAUUCCCUGGGAUAGGUUUUUUCCGUUCGGUUGUUGAAAAUCCCCCCUCAGUCCAGGGGUGGUGGUUUGUAGUCCUGUGUGGGUUACAGGGAAGCUUUGGGAUAAGGCACUUUGCCUAAAUUUAAUCAAAUUCGAGUUCAAAAGGCAUCUACUUGGUGCCAGUCUAAUAAUCAUUGAUUAGGACCCGAUUUUAAUUAGUGGCUGGGUAAUUCCUAUCCUGUUCUAUCCAUCCCUUCCUGGGAGCAGGAGCUGGGAUAGAGCAGCGUUGGCUGUACCCAAAGUGGCAUCAAAAAAACCUGGUGCACCAAACAGCACGUGCUGGAGGGCACCCAAAGUAAGAGAGAAACACUGGGAGUUUACAGGGAUGAAAAACCAGGACCUGGGAAUGGGAUUGUCCCCCGGUAAAUUGAUGUUUGAAGUAACCAAUUCUGGGCAUUAUUUCCCCGUUUUUGCUGCUCUGCCAUUGCCUUUGACUGCUGAAGUAAAUCUGGUUUUGGGUUCUGUUUUUAUAUUGACCCCAUGUGUUUCCUGUGGGGUGAUUCCUGAAAUUAUGGAAAAAAAUCCAUGGAUAUGUUCUUAA